ACUAAAGCAGGGGCAACCUGACUCAAGCCACAGACUUGGAGCAACGUAGCUACCAUGGCAGAAGCUCCAAGCAAACCCGGAGGAGCCGGCCUGUUUGCCAAGCAUAUGCAGAAGAGGUUCAUGAGAGCCCAAGAAAUGGUUCUUCAGAAAAUUGGCAAAACCGUGGAAACAAAAGAUGAACAAUUUGAGCAGUGCGCAAACAGCUUCAACAAACAGCAGGCUGACGGCAACAAGCUCCACAAAGACCUGAGAGCAUAUCUGAACGCCGUUAAAGUGAUGCACGAGACCUCGAAGAGACUCUCGCUGACUCUGCAGGAGGUGUAUGAGUGUGAGUGGGACGGGCAGCAGGAUCUGCACCCCAUCAUAGAGAACAAUGACCUGCUGUGGGCAGACUACGAGGAGAAGCUGUCUGACCAAGCCAUGCGCACACUGGAGACCUACCUGAGCCAGUUCCCAGCGUUUAAGAAGCGCAUUGCUAAACGUGGCCGCAAGCUGGUGGACUACGACAUCUUCCGCCACCACCUGGAGUCACUGCAGAGCGCCAAGAAAAAAGACGAAGCAAAGAUCACCAAGGCUGAAGAGGAGUUUGUUAACGCCCAGAACGAGUUUGAAGAAUUAAAUGCUCAGCUUCGUGAGGAACUGCCUGAACUGUGGAGCAGCCGUAUCGGAUGUUACGUGACAAUAUUUCAGAACAUGUCCAACUUGCGGGAUAUUUUCUACCAGGAGAUGAGCAAACUGAACCAAGGCCUGUACUCGGUGAUGACCAAGCUGGAGAAGCAGCACAGCACCAAGGUGUUCAUUGUCAAAGGGGUCGCCAGCAACCGCAGGUCGCUCCUUAUCUCAGCCCCAGUCAUGUCCGUGCGUAGACUGUCGACUUCUUCAGAAAGCAGCCUUGACCAUUCAUCGAUGGGUGGCACCACGACAAGGGACGAGGCUCACCCUCCUCUCACCCCGUCCUCCACCGAGGCUCCACCUUCGCCGACACCGACGCCCGCUCCCAGAGUGGGGGCCGGUGAAGAAACUCCAAGCCACGGGGACACCCAGCCACCGGUCGAAGCUCCGACACCUUCUCCUCGCUCUGAAGAAUCACCGAAGGACGAGCCGGAGAUACCUGGAGACACAUCUUCCUCGAUGAGUCUCGAGCAGGGCGGAGAGUCAAAGUCCGAGGGUGAUUUAGGCCAGCCGCCCGAGGAGAGUCAAUCCGACAUCUCACCUACUCUGCAAACCUCGCCCGGCGUUCCCGCAGCCGCUGAUGAGGAGGACGCCUCAGCUUUCCAACACACAACUCCUUCAUCUUCCGCCGAUCCGGAUACGGGUUCAGCUCCGUCAGCAUCCGACGGUGAAACGUUGAUGCCUGCGGAUCCCGCGGCCUCACAAGGCGAGCCUGACCUUCCCGUGGACAAUGACGCUUCCGCUUCACCUGAAAGCCAACAAACUAGGGAGGCGACCGUCGAAACCUGCCCCCCAGCGCCCGAAACCUCAGAAGCUUCUGCUGAGACAGUUCCCCCGGCCGACCCUGUGUCUCCUGCAGCCCCGGGACCUGAAGGCACGGUCCAGGGUUCUUCUGAAUCCUCGCCUUCCCCUGACCGGGGUACGACCAGCGAGGUGCCCAGCGCUGGUCCCACCAGCCCAGCAGCUCCUGGAGUGGCACGGGCGGACGCACAGACUGUUCCUGAUGGUGAGGGGGUGGUGACGCUCUCCGCCGCCCCCCUCACUCCUUCCGCUACCCUGGCCGAUGCUCCACAGACUGGGGAAGCUGCCGUGACCGUUACUCCACCACCACAGCCACUGCCCCGGAACCGAUCUCUCUCCACCACGGCCAAGCAGACGGCGGAUGCCAGCCGGGAGGUGGCGGCUGAAGGAACUGAUCUCGCCCCGUGUGCCCCAGCCCGUGUAGCGGUGGCGCCGGGCCACAGUAAGGACGCCGACAGUUCACCUUGUGGGGAGAUGCCGCCUGGAUUCAUGUACAAGGUGAGAGUGAGGCACAGUCUGACGGAGGAUGCCCAUCUACCGUGCCAACAAGGUGACACCAUCCUCGUGCUCCCGGGCAAGGAGGGCGAGCCACAGCCGGGGGGAUGCGUGACGGGAGUGAAGGAAGCGGACUGGAUGCAGUUGAAGGACGUGGACCGUUUGCGAGGCACCUUCCCGCUGGAGCUGACGGAGCGCGUGGAUUGCCCCUGACGCCGCGCGCGCUUGGCUGCGGGACGGGCCCUCGGUCUCAGUGCUGCCGCGGUGAGGUGCGGCCGGGCCUGCUCACCGCCCCGCUCCUCUGCCGCACGUUGUGCGCUUUUAAUCUGCUUUGCAAUAAAAUGCCGUGCGGUACAAUGACA